AUGUUGGCCACCUUGUGGCUGCUUAGCCUUUCUCUCCCCACUUCGUGGGCCCAGAUAUUAGUCAGCUGUGCCUACAAGAGUCUCUGCCAGCAGGCCCUACUCUCAGGCAAUGAUGUUGUCCUGCAGUGUGACCAUCUCAAGGCAUGCUGGUACUUCUCUUCCAUUCUGGGGGAGGAUCUCUUGUUGCUCUCCUCAGUGCCUAACAUAAAGAAACUGCCUGGGAGCAGCCUCCAAGUGACCAACCCUCAGCCCUCCCAGACAGGCCUCUAUCACUGUGAGGACAAUGACAAUGCCCUCGUGGUAGAAUAUGAGAUUGAUUUCCAAGAUGUCACUACCCUACAUGUUAUGCACAAAGGCCUGGGCCAAGAGCCCCUGCAGAAUGAGACCCUGAGUCUGGGUGGCAAGGAGCUCAUCUUCACCCACUGGGAGCCCUGGCAGGGCUGUAACCGCUGUGGGGAGCCAGGUGAGCGCAAACGCCUGGGGUACUGCUACAUCGAGGAGCCCCUGGAAACGCCCAUGCCCUGCUGGCUCUAUCUGCAAGAAGAGAAGGUGCAGUACAGACGCAUGUGGCCUGAGAUGCAGGUGGAAGCCUACCUUAUACCCUGCGACCACAUCAAGUAA